ACGUGCCUCUCGUCCAUUCGCACUCCGUAAGGGAGGAGUUUUAAAGUUUUUUCGGCCACUUUUUUAGUUUUCAGGUCGCCGUCUGGACAUGUUUUGGGAGGGAAGAGAUAAUGUUUGUGAUGCCAUUCCGCCACGUUUGAGCGGUCCGUCGAGGAUAUACUUCCCACUUCCCGACGACAACAACAUUUCAUUUAUUUACAUUUCUGCGAAAUUCCGCGUUGAACAGUAGAUUAGAUUACAUUUUUAUUGGCCAAUUCCGCGAUUCCCUUAAGGCGGAAAUCACAGGCCAUAGUUGUGGCAGAAUGACAAAAAUAUUCCCGUUUUGUCAUGAGUUAUUUCGUGAAUUCGAUUUAAUUCAACAGUGCUUUUCUUUAGCAAAAAGGUUUAUUUGGCUCAAUUUUGGGUUGUUGAGUUGAGAAACAUUAUUGAAUUCGAGAAAUGACUAAAAUAGCAAGGUGGUGUACGUGUCUCUUUGUGAACAAUCACAGGAAUCACGUCUUCAAUGAAGGUAAAAGUAAUCUUUAAAGUUAAUUUAUUUCUUGUUAAAAUAUUGAAUUCACCUUGGUGUCUGGAACACUUCUUGUCGGCGACUCCGGUGUCCGGACCCCGACCCAACAGAACCGCUCGUCCGUCCUCCAGAGGCACCCGAGCUCCAGAAUCACUUACCAGCAAGCAAAACAUCGCGGAGCAAACUUAUUGAAUAAAGUACUAAUAAAAGUCGUUAAGGGUCAUUUAAGCACCAAACCCUAACAGAAUCGACGUUUUUCAAUCAACAAUCACGAUUCCAACCUCUCCAAAAGGUCCAUUCAUGGACUUUGUUUGGUAGCGGUGCCGACUGUCCUUCACUAUAAUAGGGCCGUUCGGAAACAAUUUCACAUGAAAGGUUCCGGUUAAACUUUUCCGCAAUUUCCGGAUUCACAACACAACAGCAGGAGUUUGAAUAAAUGUGCGUGCUGCGGUGUUGCUCUGUGUUUCUUCGAGUUGAACUGCUAAGUCUGGACAUCCCUUUUUGGUAUUCACCAUGUCGACGCAGCCGCCCCAAAGUCCCCAGCAGCGUGCCUACUUGGCCCUGAUGAGAGGCUUAAAGGAGGUGGACCUGAGAGGCAGUCCUGUUCCUUGUAACCUGAUUCUCACCGGAGACCAUGCCUUCCCUUUGGUUAUGAACAACCGAGGCCAGAUCCUGAUGGCUGCCUCUCAGUACGGCUCCGGAAGGAUUGUGGUCAUGGGUCACGAGGCCUACAUGAGUAAAUGUGCUGAUCUCGUAGAAAAUGCACUGACCUGGCUGAGAGGGGAUGAGUCAAACAACCUGUCAGUGGGCGUCCACAGCAGCGCUAAAGCAGUAGCUGAUGGGCUCACAGGUUCCGGUUUCCAAAGUAAAAUUAUGGGGUCAUUCCAAAAGAAUAUGGACGUUGGGGUGUAUGUAACAAACGCCUACAGCCUUGGAAGCGAUGUACAGGACCUGGUGGCAUUUCUGAGAAAUGGUGGCGGAGUGUUGAUUGGAGGCCAAGCGUGGCAUUGGGCUUCGAGUCACCAAAAGGAAAACACGCUGCUUCAUUUCGGAGGGAAUAAAAUCUCCGCCGUGGCCGGGAUUUACUUCACUGAACACCCCGCUGAGGCUGAAUGUGUGCCUGUGUACCCUCAGAUUCCAUCAUCCUGGAAGGGUGUGGUUAUCGGUAAAGAUUUUGAGGAAGACCUGGAGUUCUUACUGCAGGGGAUAUCCGAGUUUAAUACUGGCAACGCGAUUACUUCUGAGAUUGUAGUUCAUGGACAGCUUGCCUUCCCCAUCGCAAUGACAGAAGAUGGAACGCCAUUUAUAGCCGCCAGCUAUUACGGACUGGGGCGUGUCAUGGUUGUGAGCCAUGAAUCGUUGCUGGGAAGAGAGGAACUGGCUCCAUUUUGGAAGAACGUCGUUCACUGGUUGGAUCAAGAUCGACGUGGCACUGUUGGCGUCCUAAAAGACCAUGCCUUCAACCUUUUCAAGACGUUUGGCUUUGAAUGUAGCAUGACCGACUUCCAUAAUGACCUGAGUGUGUUUGUGGGCUCGGUGUACACUGACAAAUAUGCAAAGGAGAUGCACAACUUUGUGGCGGAAGGUGGAGGCCUGUUGCUCGGCGGCCAUGCCUGGUACUGGGUCCAACAACACAAAGGCCAAAACCCACUGACAGAGUUCGCAGGGAACAAGAUCCUCAACAGAAUGGGCUUGAGCCUGUUGGGUUCAUACGUCAGGGGAGAAGUCUUCAAGGCGCCGGUGCCCAGUCAGAGUGUCAAAGACGCUUACCACUUCCGCCAUCUUUUACAGCGCUUUGCUGCUCAUGUGACUCAGGGACAAGAUCUUACCAAGAAUGAGGAGCAAUACUAUAAAAGAUUCGGAAAGGACUGCGCCACCUUCUUAAAGAUGAACGGCCAUGACCGCUACUCGUACGCUCAUGUCCUGUCCACCCUCAUUCAUGUCAUAAAAAAAUCGGGCAUGCCCCAGAUAAGUGAAAGCCGCCCAGUGACGUCUCCCAAAGACCACCUCCUCCUCAAUGUGGGUCAGGAGUUAUACAAGGUUUGCCCCAAUCCUGACAACCUGCUGCCUUACCUCAUCAAAGAGAUCCCCCCAUUAGCUGUGGUCUACAACCACAGGGUUCCUCUGAACGUCAACACAGCAGAAAAAGAAGAGUGGAUCAGUACUGGCCUCUAUCUCUCUCCUGGUAUGAGGACCUACUUGGCCAUACCUGCUCAGCUUGUCAACACGGAAUGGAAGGUUCAAAUUGGUUGUCAGACAGAUUUUCUUAAGUCUGAAGAGUUGAAGAGAGCACCCACUGUUUGUGAGGAAUUUCCCAUUACCGCCGAGAUAAUGCAGGUGUGGAACUUGUGGGGGGGUCUCAUCUACCUGGUGGCUCCACCCCAAACCCAAUUGGGAGGCAUAGAGGUCAUAGUGCAGGUAGCAGUACCAGCACCUUAUUAUAAAUCUGGUGUGACAACAGCAGCCGAUUGGUCCGUUCUGCGUACAGCUCCUUCCCCUUGGGCAGAAUUGGAGUUUGAGAACAUCGUCCUCACUUUACCGUCUGAUGUAGUCCGGAAUGUGGAUCAGCCAGACCUGCUGGCAACAUUCUGGGACAGUAUCAUGCGAAGCGUUGCUGACUUGGCUGCAACCCCCCCAAAAUUUUCCCGCAAAGAACGCUUUGUUGCAGAUGUGCAAAUAUCUCAUGGUUGGAUGCAUGCAGGAUACCCGAUUAUGAUGUACCAGGCUGCGGCAGAUAAUGUGGUCAAUAUGGAGAAGGCCAAGACUGCGGGCCUUUGGGGACCAAUCCAUGAGCUUGGACACAAUCAGCAGAGAGCAUGCUGGGAGUUCCGACCACACACUACAGAGUGCACGUGCAACAUUUGGUCUGUGUAUGUGCACGAAGAAGUGUUCGGGAUCGACAGGACAAAGGCUCAUGGCGCUCUCACUCCCGAGGACAGGAAGAGUCGACUGGAGAAAUUUGUAAAAGAAGGAAAGCCACUCAAGUCGUGGGAGGUGUGGUUGGCUCUGGAAACGUACCUGCAGCUCCAGGAAAAAUUUGGUUGGGAUGCCUUUAAGAGCGUCUUUGCUGCUUACCACACCAUCAAGGACUAUCCAAAGGACAACGACGGAAAGAUGAACCUCUACGCUGAGACCUUCUCCCAAGCUGUGGAGAUGAACCUGUGUGGGUUCUUUAAGGCCUGGAGCUGGCCGAUAGAUACCGGUACCGAGGAGAAGCUAUCCAAACUUCCUCCUUGGACCGAUCACCCCAUGGUUCAGUACGACUGAACCUUUUCACUGCUAUUGAUCUCCGUGCAGACAGCUACAGGGUUUAGUGCGUUCUUCUGCUAGAGUUGUUUUAUCUUAGUACUUGGGUAAUAUAUUUUAAACUACUCUUGGAGAGGUGUGACUACUUACCUUUCUCUUUAUGUGGCUUAAAAAAAAAUGUAUGCAAUAUUGUAGUAUGAAUGCCAAAAAUGUCAGAGUGAGUAACCAAAAGUUCAUCCAUGGAAAAGUGAGCCACACAUUUCACAUUUUAUGGAUUAUUUCAUGCACGAAUUGAACUAUAAAGUCACAAAAAUAUUAGUCUUGUUUAAAUCAUUCACAAACUGAAUUUGUUAUAAUUGUCUUAAUCCCCUAAAUUCUUGUGCGUACCCGGGCGUCUAACCAUAUAAUUGGCAUCAUAGUAUUUUAUUGUAGUUAUUCAAAUAAGCACUGAUGCAUUCAAAGUAUCUAUAGCACUGACAUGAUGAUAAGAUGAAUAACAAGUAAGGUUGCAUCGUCAUUAGAAUACGCAAAUACUUCAUUCAUUUGCAAGGCUGUGGGAGAUAAUAAAAGGCAUAUUAUGUAAAGUAAGGAUUAUUUAGAUGAAUUAGGAUGUUAUUGAUUCUUUGAGUGUAUGUCUACAUUUCAAUGAACUCAAUUACAUGACAAGUUAGAAAUAAAUAAUUUGCUGCAACAA